AAAAUGGCAGUGGGAAAUCACUCCCUGGUGACCGAGUUCAUCCUCGCUGGGCUAACAGAAAGGCCAGAACUCCAGCUGCCCCUCUUCCUCCUGUUCCUAGGAAUCUACGUGGUCACGGUGGUGGGCAACCUGGGCAUGAUCACGCUGAUUGGGCUCAGUUCUCACCUGCACACCCCUAUGUACUACCUCCUCAGCAGCUUGUCCCUCAUUGACCUCUGCCAUUCCACUGUCAUUACCCCCAAAAUGCUGGUGAACUUUGUGGCAGAGAAGAACACCAUCUCCUACCCUGAAUGCAUGGCUCAGCUCUAUUUCUUCCUUGUAUUUGUUAUAUCAGAGUGCCACAUGUUGGCUGCAAUGGCAUAUGACCGCUAUGUUGCCAUCAGUAACCCAUUGCUUUAUAAUGUCAUCAUGUCUUAUCAGGUCUGCUCCUGGAUGGUAGUUGGGGUGUAUAUCAUGGGCUUGACUGGUGCCACAGCUCACACAGGAUGCAUGCUAAGAGUACUUUUCUGCAAGGCUGAUAUAAUCAACCAUUACUUCUGCGAUCUUUUCCCAUUACUGGAGCUCUCAUGCUCCAGUACUUAUAUCAAUAAGGUGGUAGUUUUGUGCCUUAGUGCAUUUAAUAUCUUUACCCCAACCCUGGCUAUCCUUGGCUCAUAUGUCUUCAUCAUCGCCAGCAUCCUCCGCAUUCAGUCCACGGAGGGCAGGUCCAAAGCCUUCAGCACCUGCAGCUCCCACAUCUCAGCUGUUGCUCUUUUCUUUGGCUCUUUAGCAGUCAUGUACCUGCAGCCAUCAUCAGCCAGCUCCAUGGACCAAGGGAAAGUGCCCUCUCUGUUUUAUACCAUCAUUGUGCCCAUGCUGAACCCCCUGAUCUACAGCCUCAGAAAUAAAGAUGUCAAAAUUGCCCUAAAUAAGAUCCUUGAGAAAAGAAGUUUCCUGUGUAUUUUGUCUUAG